UAAUCAGUCUAAAAAUUCAUAUAGUCUACUGUCGAUUUCAGACGAAUUCCAUCAUUUGGAGUGUGCGAUUCUUCUGAGAUUGUAAAGCUGCAGUUGCAAGAUGGAGAACAAGUCCUAUGUGGUUAAAUUGAAUGGGAAUGGUGUCCAUGAGAAGAAUGCACUCAAUGGUGUCAAUGGAAAAGGUCUUAACGGCAAUGGUAUCCAGCAUAAGACUGUGAAAGACAUUGUUUAUCCCACGAAGCAGAAGAGCCGUAGACAGCGAUGGAACAUUCGGGCCUCCAAGAUGUCAAUCAACACAUUGAAUCCCAUUCGUUCCAUUGUGGAUGGGAUGAAGCUCACACCCAACCCAGAGAAACCCAUGAUUGCUCUGUCCAUUGGUGACCCUACAGUGUUUGGGAACCUGCCGACCGACGACAAAGUCCUUCAGGCAAUGAAGGAUGCCAUUGACUCUCACAAAUACAAUGGUUAUGCUCCGUCUGUUGGUUAUCAGAAGAGCAGAGAGGUGCUGGCAAAUUUCUACAGUUGCCCUGAGGCCCCCUUGGAGGCUGAGGAUGUGCUUCUGACCAGUGGAUGCAGCCAGGCUAUAGAUCUGGCCAUCACUGUGCUGUGUAACCCUGGAGACAACAUCUUAAUCCCCUGCCCUGGAUUCUCCCUCUACAAAACUUUGGCUGUGUCUCUGGGUAUUCAAGUCAAGCUCUACAACCUGCUGCCGGAGAAGUCUUGGGAGAUUGAUCUCCAGCAUCUGGAAAGCUUGAUCGAUGACAGGACAGCCUGUCUGAUAGUCAACAAUCCAUCCAAUCCUUGUGGCUCUGUCUACAGUAAAGAACACCUCCAAGACAUUCUCUCUGUUGCCUCCAAACGCUGCCUCCCAAUCCUGGCUGAUGAGAUCUAUGGUGACAUGGUCUUUCCAGGUUGCAAGUACCAAUCGAUAGCAUCCCUCAGCAGCGAUGUGCCUGUUCUAGCAUGUGGUGGCUUGGCCAAGAGAUGGCUAGUCCCUGGCUGGAGGCUGGGCUGGAUCCUCAUCCAUGACAGGAAUCAAAUCUUUGGAAAAGAGAUUCGUCAAGGUCUAGUUAAGCUUAGCCAGAGGAUUCUUGGGGCCUGCACAAUUGUCCAAGGAGCAUUGGAGAGCAUCUUGAAUGACACACCCCAAGAUUUUUACCAGAGAACAAUCCGUUUCCUCAAAUCAAACUCAGAGAUCUGUUUUUCUGAACUGUCAACUAUUCCUGGCCUGACCCCUGUGAUGCCAUCUGGAGCUAUGUACCUCAUGGUGGGGAUAGAGAUGGAACACUUCCCAGAGUUCCUGGAUGAUGUGCAGUUCACUGAACAUUUGGUGACUGAGCAGUCUGUUUUCUGCCUGCCUGCUACGGCGUUUGAGUACCCAAAUUACUUCCGCAUUGUGGUGACAGUACCAGAGGAGAUGAUGGUGGUGGCAUGUGGACGGAUUAGAGAGUUCUGCCAGCGCCACUACAGGCCCCGCAGCCAAGACAGCGCUGAGCUGGACCAAUGACACGAACUAAGAGAAUAUGGACUCUGGAAGUGAUAAAGUGAAUGUGACAUGAAAAGAUAAGGGGAAGAAAGAGAAAGGAGAAACAAGGGAAGUGGAGAAUAUUGUGUUGUACUGUGGGAACAAAGGUUUUUAGCAAUGUCAUUGGUGGUCAUCCAUCAUCAGUAACCCCAACAUGACCUGAUAUUUAUAUUUUUUAUAUGGCAAUCUUGUGUAAACAAUACUUUGUAUAAUUUCUUGUUCAUUUGUUCAUUGUUGUGGCAAUUAUUCAGGCUUUGUUAUUUUCUAUAUGGUGAUGACCAGAACACCAUUGGGCCCACAGAACCAGGGAUUAAGGGUUUACCUCUCUCUUCUAUUGGGUUGAUUGCAGAGGUAUUUAACCCUAACCUCAAAAUCCUUCCUGUUAUAGUCCGGAACAGGCCUAAUGAUAAGCUAACAGGUUUGCUAGCUCUGGACUAAAUCACAUAUAUAACGUUUAGGGGUUCCUGAGGAGAGAUUUGAACACCCCUGGUCUAUAGAAAUAGGGACCAGCGGUCCAUUUGUUGAAAACCAGAUUGGGUUAUUGGUUCUGUUGAUCCCACCUGGGAAGCACCAGCACAGAUCAUAUGACCUCCUGAGCGGUGCCUAGUCAGCGUUACAUAACCUUUUUUGCAUGUGUUGUAUUAUGAUAGCACUCAGUACGGUCUGUUAGACUGCAUGCUUAGCCAAACGCUUCCCUGUCUUUAUUUUAUUUACUUGUUAAUCUUGAUGUAAUAUUGAAUGUUUUUUUCAUGUAAAAAGGAUAUUUAAACCAAGUAAAGCUAUGAAAUAUA